AGACGACGCGGUGCAGUUUGUUGCUGCCUAGAGACGCGCGCAUGCGUCUUCCGCACUCCUCCAUUUCCUGCCUCCCUUGACGACGCGCUCCUUCCUUUUCUGCCCCUCUUAAAAGGAGGGGGGGGGGAGGGCUUUAUUUCCUUUGAGAGCCAAAGCCUGAAGAAGAGAAGGAAGGGCUAAGGAAGGAAGAAGAAAAGGAAGAAAAAAAAAUUGAGGGAGCUUAAUUUGGGGGUCACUUUGCAUUCAUGUAGGCCUAUGUGGGAUUAGUUUGGGUCAGUUUGUGCUUGGCGUGGGCGAACUUUGGGUUUGGAGUCAGUUUCAGUUCAUUAGGGCUACUCUUGGGCUAAUUAGGGUUGGUGUUCAAUUAAUGGGGUGGUUAGUUUUGAAUUUUUUUGAACCCCAUUUUGAGGGGAGACUAGAUUGACUCAGUGCCUUAGCCUUCCUUUGAGGCCCAGUCUUCUGCCUGAGGAGAGGAGACAGAGCUGGAUGGGGCAGAAAAGGCUUGAAGCCUUCCUGAAGUCUGUCUGUGCUGGGUUGGGUUUCUAAAACCCUUCCAGGAACCAGAAAGCGCCUCAAUCUCUAUUGAAGGGAAGCUUGGUGGGUUUUGGGGGGCUUCAGCUAAGAGGGACCUAUUACUUUCAGGGUGCAGCUUUUGUGGAACAUCCUGGGUGGAUUUUGAAGUCUUUCUGUGUUGGGUUGGGUUUCUUAAAACCUUCUAGGAACCUGAAAGCACCUCAGUCUAUUGAAGGGGAGCUUGGUGGGUUUUGGGGGGCUUCAGCUAAGAGGGACCUCUUACUUUCAGGGUGCAGCUCUUGUGGAACAUCCUGGGGGAAUUUUGAGGAAAGCAACUUCUCUUCCUCCCUUUAGUUAGGUUUGUGGAUUCAGAAAGGUCAGCUGUGUUUGAAGGACCUCAAGUUUUGAGGUUUUUUUUGCCCCUUUGGGUGCCUUAAGUCCCGUAAAUUGAAAGGCUUAUUGGAGCUUUGUAUUUGUUUGAGAAGGAUUCAUUCAGAACUCAGUGAUGCCUUCUGUUUUGGGGGUGUCUCUUUCGUGCAGCAAUUUUGGGGGUGUCUGAAAGGACAUUGUCACUUGGAGAUUUGUGUUUGGUGAGAAGGAUACAUUCUGAGCUCGGUGAUGCUGUCAGUUUUGGGGACGUCUCUUUUGUGUGGCAAUUUUGGGGGUGUCUGAAAGGAAAUUGAAAGGACAUUGGCCCCUUGGAGUGUUGGCUUCACUUGUAGGGGAGGAUCAGUCUUGAAUAGACGAUGCCUUCUGUUUUGGGGGAGUCCUUUUUGUGCUGCAGUUGGGGAGAGGCUUCCAUGGGCAACCCUUAGUGUGGCAUGUUGGAUAUCGGGGCGUUUUUUGAGAAGCAUGAGGUCAGAGGAGUUGUUGACAACCGUGUGGCAAUAGUUGGGGCAAAGGGAACAAAAAGGGAGUCCUCUUGAGAACACAAAUAGGAUUCUUUCCUUGGAGCAGAGCUUUGGUUCGGGCUGCCAGCAAAACCUGAAGGUCUGGGGUUCGAUUUCCCAGAGACCGAGGGGCCUCUUUUCCUGAACGGAGGAAGGGAAAGUCUCCUUCUCCCUUUUGCCAGCUGCACACAGGAAGGGGGAGCGCACACAGAGCCCUGAUUGCAUCCGCUGCAAUGACAGGCAAGUCGGUGCGGGAUGUGGACAGGUACCAGGCGGUCCUGGCUAAUCUGCUGCUCGAAGAGGAGAACAAAUACUGUGCCGACUGUCAGGCCAAAGGACCAAGGUGGGCUUCAUGGAACAUCGGGGUGUUCAUCUGCAUCCGCUGUGCCGGAAUCCACAGGAAUCUGGGCGUCCACAUAUCCCGAGUAAAAUCUGUCAAUUUGGACCAAUGGACGCAAGAGCAAAUACAGUGCAUGCAGGAGAUGGGGAACGGCAAAGCCAACCGCCUCUAUGAAGCCUACCUUCCAGAGAACUUCAGGCGACCUCAGACAGACCAAGCAGUAGAAGGCUUUAUCAGAGACAAAUAUGAAAAGAAGAAGUACUUGGACAGAAGCGUCGACAUCAGUGCGUUGCGGAGAGAAAAGGAUGAUAAAUGGAAGAAGGAGGGACCUCCUGAAAAAAAGCUGGAGCCGAUUAUCUUCGAGAAAGUGAAAAUGCCUCACAAGAAGGACGACUCUCAAACCAGGAAAAGUCCUUCCAGAUCUUCCGAGCCCGUCAUGGACCUACUCGGACUUGAUGCCCCUGUUUUGACUACUCUCCCCAAUGGCAGAUCUAGCAGCUGUUUAGAGAAGGACUUGGACUUGUUCGGCUCCAUGCCCUCCGAAAGGAAGGUGGUGGGCUCCAUGCCCACGGCUGGAAGUGCUGGGUCCGUCCCUGAAAACCUCAACCUUUUCCCCGAACCUGGCAACAAGUCCGAGGAGGUGGGCAAGAAGCAGCUCUCCAAGGAUUCGAUCCUCUCCUUGUAUGGCUCCCAGGCCCCACAGCUACCUGCACAAGGAGCGGUGUUCAUAGCCCCAGCCCAAAUGGGAUACCCAGCAGCGUACCCUGGCUUCCCAGGAAUGGCUCCACCAGGCAGCAACAUGAUGGGCAACAUGAUGGCCCCACCGGUUGGCAUGAUGGCACAGCCUGGAGCAGCCGGCAUGGUGGCCCCCAUGGGAAUGCCCACGGGUUAUGGCAUGCAGGCGGCGGUCCUUGGGGUACCCAACGGCAUGAUGGCGGCUCAGCAGGCGGGGUAUGUGGCGGGCAUGGCCCCCGCCCCCCCAGCCAUGUAUGGGGUGCAGCCCACCCAGCAGCUCCAGUGGAACCUGGCCCAGAUGACCCAACAGAUGGCGGGGAUGAACUUCUACGGCACAAAUGGGAUGAUGGGAUACGGACAGUCGAUGGGCCGAGGAGGGACCCAAGGCACCAACCAAACCCUCAGCUCCCAGGUGUGGAAAUAACCCACCUGGAUUUGGACCAUUUCCUCCCUUUCAUUUCGGCUUUGGUUUUCCUGUUGGGUUUGUUUUUUGUUUCCGUAUUAAAGUUGCUUCCUGAGGCUCUUGUGCGUUUCUCCUUCCGGUGCUGGACUUUCCUUGAGUGUCACAGAGACCGCUGGGCCACUUUCUGCCCAACAUCCAAGGCACUGAUGAAGACUAAACCUUUGCUGUCUUGCUAAAAUCUGGGCAGUUUUUUGAGGGGACACGAUGUGAGAAUGGUUCUUUCCUGUGAGAUUUCAACCCAAAGUCCACUUGCCGCUGGUCUUUGGGAAAGGCAGCCAUGACAGUUGACUCUGGCUUCAUUCACAACUUUGUAGCUUCACCUUAAAGGCAUUCUAAGCUUUUUCUUUCUAAAAAGAUUGAACAAAAACUAUUGAAAACAUAUCAUCUCUUUGCUGGUUGUAGUGGGAGCUUAUUUUUUCCAGAUUCUGUUUCUUCCAUCACAUUCGUCCUGCUUUCCUUCUUUUUUUCUUAAUACAUUCCGUUUUUUUCUCCUCUUGAGUUUUUCAAGAAACGAUUCCACCUUUUGUGAACUUGAAGUCAUCUUUCCUUUGAGUGAGUGGGACUCCCACAAGGCCCUCGGACACAAAAAUCCUUCCCUUUAUCUUUUCACGUUUUGGUGACCAAGGGCCGAGAUCCUGUGGGCAAGUCUCUCCUUGCACUUUUUUUUUUGCACUUUUUGUUUUGUGUGUCAUUGCGCACGGACAGAUACGUUCUGGCCAGUAUGAACACUGUACUGGUAGACUGGGUCAGCCUGGUCUUCCUUUGUCCCUCAUCUGCUUCAGAAAGAAAGAAAGAGAAACCCACCUGCCGUGUUUUGGAAAACAUCUCUCCGCAAAAGCUGGGCGCUCUACUGUCUCAAUUGACCUUGUGUAUAUGUACAUUCCUUAAUAAAAAAUAUUGCGGUGCAACGUUA